AUGGCUUGCAGCCAGCAGAGGCUAGCUAUAGUGGAAAGACUAUUGAAGAUUGGCAUUCAAGUUCCUGCAGCCUAUGCAUUCUGUGGACAUAGUCUGGAAUCUUUUAGCCACUUGUUCUUUGAAUGCACCAACACAAAGAAACUGUGGUCCAGACUAUAUUUACGGCUGGGAUAUAAGAGGAACAUUGGAGAUUGGGAAACAGAGUUGAAAUGGGCAUGCAAGAAAGCCAUGAGCAGAAGAGGAACAAAUGCUAUAACUAGCUGUGUUUUUGCCAUGACUGUUGCAUUGAUUUGGAGGGAGAGGAACACAAUCAGAUUUGAUAAACCUAAGUUUGAUGAUCUUCAAAUCUGCAGAGAGAUAGUGAUACACAUACAUAUUAGAGGGAGGAGCAUAGGAAAAUGGAAAGAAGCAUUGCAGCAGCUGGAUUAG